AUGGCGUUGGUGAAGGUGAUCAUACAGGUUGGCAAGAUACAAAAGCCUCACGUGCCGUCCGCAUACGGCCAGGGACAAGAGCUCAAGCGUGACGAUAUCCAGUUGGAAUUCGAUUGGCUCGCUAACCCGGACGAUACUGUGAAGGACAUUGUCGAGGAGGCCUGGACGACGCUGGCGUCCGACUACGGCUUCCCAACGCAAUUCGCCUACAUAAGCGCCAUUACCCAGUCCGGACGUUACCUCGCUGCUUCGAAGUUUAAAAUUGGCGAUUACAUCAAGGCGAGCUUGGAGGGCAGAGAAGGCGUCAGGUUAACCGCGGCUGAAGAGGACAAGCGACGCACAAUCACCAUCCAUACGAGCCGCGCUGAUAGAGAUGCGACGCUGCCACCGACCUCAACAUGGCGUGGACCGAAACGAACCCUGGACCAGAUCUCGCUGGCCGAGGAGCGCGAGUGGAAGCGCUUUAAAGAGUCCAAUUCCUUUUCCGUGGACAGGCAAGUCGCCCCUGCCGACUCUGACCGACCACUCGAGUCGCGCGACCAGCGGCCUGAAAGUCAUGGCAGCGGCCGCAUACACACUGGCCGGCUUGAUGCGGAUGGCUUCCGCGUUCCAGCACUACCGGCGGCGAAUGGUGCUCGUGCACGCACGGAGCUUCUGGCUCGCAGUCCUCGCCCCUCUGAAAACUCGCAGUCUCGACGUGGCAAUACGCUGAUUCCAACACCUGUGUCGCCCGACGACGAGGUGCCAACUUCCGCACAGCGACCGCGUCAGAAGUCUCUGACCUUGUUCGCUGAAGAUGCCGCGCAUAGCCGGCGACACUCGUCAACAACACAGCAAAGUCACACAUCAGCACAGCGUCCACGCCCUUCUCUGCAAGCCCAGAAUCAACGUGAAAGGACUGCGGACUUGCAACAUCUUGUGGACGAGCAGCUACUCACUGAGAGCGGGUUUGACGAGAUUGAGGAGUGUGAGAAGGAAUUCGAUGACCCUGUUGAGCUGGACGACGACGCCAUGAACGUCAACGGCCGUCCACAUAGUGGACUGCGGGGAUACGACGACCACGACGAUGAUGAGCCUCCACGACGGCCAAUAUCAUGCCGCUCCAACGCAUUUGAACUGAUGCGCAGCUCACAGUCUGGCCCAACGCAGCGGAGUUCUCCGCUCAACCGCGUGCCACCCAAGCAGCAGCCAGCAAAGCAGCAGCAAGCAAAGCGCGCGAAGAGCAGGUCAUCUCAGCCGUCAGAUCGUGCAACUUCAUCCGGCGUUAGAAGUGUCAAGUCUACCGUGGGUUAUGACAAGCGUGCGCUCAACGGAGAUUGGACUAUGAAUGAUAUCAAAAAGCUAGCGAAAGGUAUACGGGAAAGCUUAAAAACGAAGGAAAUUCUGAGCAAGUACAGCAUCCCGCGUACCGAGAGUGGCGCCCGUAACAAGAAGGACUGGAUUAAGACGAACCGCCCAGAAUGGCUUAGACCGGACUUCGUUGAGCCGCCAGACUUUUACGCCAACGUCAUUACUCUGCCGCUCAGCAGUGGGACGUCAACCGCGUCUCAAAAGCCCAAUAAAUCGCACCCGCGAGAGGGUGCCACGGACGCAGCAACUGCAGCUACCAAUACGGUUGUCGAGAAUGCGGUGGUCACAGCUGGGGAGCUCACACAGCGUGUCCAUGCCACGGCCCAGUCGGCGCCUAGUGAAAAUGAGCCCGCAAUCACCGCAGAAGAGCCGCUGAUGGAGCAACCCGCGCACCAGGCAGGAGCGUCCGUGAGCAACGCCAUCCCACUCAUGGCGAAAAUGCAGCAGCCCAGCCAGCAAGCUGAGCCAAAUCAACCGAGGCAGACGCCGAAAAGCCAACACAAGCGCGUCCGUAGUGCAGCUUCGCUUACUGUCUCACGCACUAAUCAAGCUGCAGUACUUGCGUCACUGCAAGACCCUCAGAGGAUGUCAAACACAACUGGCAGGCAGUCUUCCAUUACCGACCACAUCGGACGUGACCAGGGUGCAAGGCCAAGAUCGAGCCAGGGCGCUCGCAGCGCGCAAGGUACUGACCAAGCUGCACGGCCAAGCUCAAGCCGCAGCGUUCGUGACCAGCAAGUCACGGCUGGUGGGCGUACACGCACUUUGCGCAGCGAGUCUGACGGUCGCCGGGGUGCCCGCCGUAGCGAAGCUUCGCUCGAAAUCCUUAGCCUUUCUACGCCGGGCACGAAGAGCGAUGGUACCCGCAACAAACGCGAGCUCGCGCAAACCAAGGAAGUAAUUCCAGAUGCAGAGCGCAAUGCCACUGAGAGCGCAUCGGAGCAGGUCAAGGCAGGCGCGCAGCCGGGAAGAGCCAUGGCCUAUGGUGAUGCGAAGGUCAUUCCGGAAACGCAGGAGGAUGCUGUCCUGAACGCCGAUACAUAUCCGUGUGACGAUAAGAUCGCAUACGAACAUGCAACGGACUCUGAAGCAGCGGUUCAAUACCGGCAAGACACCACUUUACCCGCGCCACAUGUGCCAAUCUUGGUCAGUGACGUGGACUUUGACGACUAUCCAACCGUUGCCAACGGACACCGCAUGAACGACGAAGACCGCGAAUAUUUUGCCACACACGAUAUGCCCGAGCUUGAGCGCCAGCUCGCCAUGCAGCUGCAGGAUAGCACUCCGCAUCAGCGCCCAGCAAGACCCGUGCCCGGCGCUAUUCGGCGAGCCGACUGGGUCCACGCUGGUAUGACCAACGAUGAGAUUCGUAAGAGGGUCCAUGAGGAGUCGCGCGAUAUCGUGAGUGAAGAACUUCGUUACGAGUUCAACAGGACGAAGCGAGACUAUCUCAACGUACAGCAGAGAGAUCCGCCUGAUGCCACGAAGCGACUGGCGCGCCUUGGUAAGGAGAUCGAGGGCUUGCGAGAGGUGCUGCUUCAGAUGGGCGCCGUACCAGCUCCGCGACCAUUCACCAUCACCGCUAUCACCCGAAACAGCCAGACCAAGCUCCCCUCAUCUCCGAGGACCUUCGAAAGCGCGGUUGAACGGCAGGACGAAUCUGCGUCGGGAACUACGGAGGAGCUGCUUGCCACUCAUCUUGAUACGGUGGACAUGACACACCGUCGUCCUCUUAUGACUGAUGCGGACUACGCCAUGGAGAUGAUAGACGACCCGGUCGUUGCAAAUUCUAAAGUUCACAUUGCUGGCGAGAAAUCAGAAGAUGAUGAACCGGAUGCGCCAACUCACGUAUCUCUUCUGAAGGACACAAACAUUCCGGUGGUCGCCGAAAUUGACGAAGAUGGCGAUGACCUCGAGGCAGAGUCAAAGCUGGAUAUCCCAUCAUCGGAUGUGCGGCGCAGGCUGCUAGCUUUGGCAAAUUCUUCACCGCAUGUAAUCCCACAUUCGGAUGACGAUGACGAGUCGAUUCCGGAUGAAAUACCUUGUCGAAUGAAGGAGCGACGAAAGCCGGAAGAGACCGCCAGAUGUACCGCAGAUCAACAAGCCCAACCACGGCCGCAGCCUUUCUUGACCACUGAAGUCCACGCAAACCGGACACAGCAUGCUGUCACAGAGCCGCAAGCUAUCGCCAGUCAGCAAGCUCAUCCCAGCCAGCCGGGGUUCCUUAACCAGCAUGCUCAGCGUGGACAUCAAACGAACAGUCGGCCCGCCCGAACCCGCCGCCCGUCACUAUACGACAUACCUAAUGCAAUCCCUGCUCGCACUCAGCGGCGGGAAAGAGAGCAGGCCGAGAUCCGGCGACAAAGCGGGUUACGGCCGCAAGACGAGCAAGGUACUCACGCGGCACUCCCUACUGCUGCUCAACCUGCCAACGUAGUAGCAGUGCCUCAAGAUCAUGUUCCACGUGCAGCGCAGCGCCAGCUGACACGCCAGCCUCAACGUUUACACAAUGAUCCUCACACGCGGCAUCCGAAAGACGACACAGGAAUUCUGAGAGCUCAUGACGUUGAUUAUCCACCCGCCUUGCACAGCAGACAGCCCAGAUCAAAGGUCGUUUCACAAGCGCGGCGCCUUCAGCAGGCCGCUCGAUCGUCAUCAAGCUCAGUUGAGCCGAUGCCACCACCAAACCUUGAUGCAGACGCCCCAACUGAACGCGAUGUCACUCAUGCGUUCAAUCGCCGGUUGGUCGUUGGCAACGCCAACGGAACCGCGCCGACCGAGCCUUCGGAGACGGGAACGUCACAGGCAGCGCCAAUUUCGAACCCGCAACCGGCAACAUCAGCAACCGAAGCGUUGCAGGCACGCCGCGCAGCACGGUUGCAAAAUGCGUCAAAGCUCCCGCACAAAACAGUCCCUCAACGUACGCGUCCGGCAACUUCACAUGGUCAGUCACCUCACAUUCCAGCCCUAUUAGAGAACAACUCUGACGAUACUGCUCACCCGCAGUUUGAGCAACAAAAGGCGCAAUCCGAGCCACCUGUAUGUUCGAGCGAGCUGAUACCCGCUGUGAUGAACACGCAAACGAAGGCGUUCGAAUUGGAUGGUGCGGAUGAAGUUGAGCUUGAGCAAUCCGGGCCAUCGGCCCCGCAGACAUUCGCUAUGAUCAAUACCGGAACGAAGACGGUCAGCCUUGCCGUCGCCAACGCCGACGCGGAUGCCGACAUUAUUGACAAUGCGAUGGACUUCGAGCUCGACUUCACGGAAACUGGCGCACCAGUUAUUGUGGCGAAGCAGGACGAUAAAGCGACAAUGGCAGAUACGGCCAUGCACGACAUAAACGGCACCGCUGCCUUGCAGCCUCAAUGUCAGCGUGCUGCAACUGGCGAGCCCACACCUGUUGACAACCACAAAUUGGUCGAGACUCGGAAGAGGAUCAAGCGGAAGCACAAGCCGGAAGUCAAGAACCGCGAAUCCGUCCGGAAAUCGUUGCUGUUAAGGGCUGAGUGCCUGGCGGCGCCAUUCGCACAGUCUGCAUGCGUUGUUAAUCUGGAUGGCAACGCUAAUGUUAAAGCAGCCACUCUAAGACAAAGACCGGAGAAGUCGAAAAAGACGGAGGAAAUUGGGGCCAAGCGUGAAGACGUUGUUUUGUCCAAGAAGCUGAGCAAGAAGUCGAGGCGCAAGGCCAAUGCGCUGGCUAGGCGACAGAGCCAAGCGACUUCGAGUGUUUGA